AUGGAGUUCCACCACAAUCCGGAAGCCUCUGGAAAUAGACAUCGAUCCUAUAUACAGAGCGGUACCACACAUACACCCCAUCGUGCACCGUCGCCAUCGCUUCGGAGAGAAGCAAACAGAUCUGUGCCCCCGGAGCCUCCCACUGCUGAGAACCUUCAUCACACGGGCCGUCAAACGUUCAACAUUGACCCUGAUGUACCGUACAUUGAAGCUAAUGCUGGCGAAAUUGGGAUAGCGCAGAGCCAGAGCCGUCAGAACGACACAGAUGCAAACUCGAGAGGUCCAAGGGAAAUGGUUGGGGGCAUAUUAGGUGGGAUCAAGACAGCUAUGGCAUCGACAAGGGAGCGCGCUCGCACGAGCAGUGGACCCACGAACCCCACUACUAGGCCUAAAAGCCCCCCAACGCGUCGCGAUCGGCCACCCGAGGUUGAUAUGCGACCGACAAUGGAACCUACUACCACAGCCGUCCCAGAGAGUAUCUAUCAACCACCAGGGUAUGAUAUCUCUGCAUUUCAAAGGCUUGGUCCCGCAACGGUUCAGUUCGUUACAUCUACCGGAGUCCCCCUUGGUCCCCCACAGCCAGUACCCUCGAGACAGUACUACUUUGGCUCGAGGCCAGACGAUCUUCAACGUUCUGUACCCGCCGCCGCCUCGGAUGAUCGUGUUGGUGAUGCGCACGGUGACGAGGACUCUACCGUCGUCAGUCAUGACGAGAACCAUACCCAUACUACGCAGAAUCAGUACUUCGUUCCCCCAACGAUAGGAAGCCCUAUUCUCGUGCAACCUCGUCCCGCAUCUGACUACGCUAAAAUGUCCUCCCCUGCUCCUGCACCCUCAUUCAUGUCUUUCCAUGCACACAUGCAACGCAUCGGGGACUUCUUCAAGGCCGUCAAUAGGCUGCCGUGGGUUUCUGAAGAACGGGUGACGGUAGAUUAUAUCCCAAAGGAUGCGAGGAAGAAGAUUUCUGGUUAUACCAGAAGGGAUACAUAUGGUCCUGGGAGUAGCGAGGGCAGCAGUCGUGCGAGCAGCGAUUUCAGCAAUGUGUUUAAGAGACGAAAGACACUUUCGGCUCCUAGACCUUUGUUGUCGUGGUAUGGUGGAACUGGGAGGAACUCGGAACGUCAGACAGUGGAUUUGCUGUCGGGGUCGUCUAGUAGCCAGUCGCCUGAAAUCGAACCCUUCCCGUACUCAGCACAGGCAACUAGCGCUGCCGAUCAACAAGGAACACCAUAUACCAACACUGCUACACCUCUCCCGGGCGCUCCUCCAUUUCCGCCUGAAACACCACAGCAACGUCAACCCCAGCAGCCGCAACCUGAUCUCGCACGCUCUGUGGGCUCCCCCGAACCUGUUACUCCUUUCAACAACAACAGUCAGACGUACGUGAACGAUCACGAUGCUUUUGUUGACAUGGUGGACUCGGAAGCCCGAUUGGCCAGUAACACUCAGGAAGGGAGUGCUUGGCCACCGACUUAUCCGCACGGUUAUGUGUCAUACCAACCUCCAAUGGAGGGUGGGAUGCAGAAUGAAGCAAUUCAUUAUAUUCCGAUGAUGCAGACACAGAAUGUGCCCGUCUCAUAUAUGGUUAGUAUGCAAUCUAAUGGGCGUUAA